AUGCCCAGAUUCGCGCAAUUGUUCAAGGACACUAGCCCUCCUCUCGUGUACUCCAAUGGAUGGCAAGGUGGAUCCUCAGCGAAUGACCCGCUUCUUGACAAGUAUGCUCAGGCGACGUACACCUUCACUAAAACACCGGGAGCAACGUUGAAUUUCCGCUUCAACGGGACCUUCGUUGGCAUUUACGGUGCAAAACGCCCAGGCUAUGGCGCAUACUCGGUCAAGGUCGACGAUCACGUAUUCCCGACUCUUAAUGCGAAUUCGGACGUGCCUCUCUUCAACCAGACCUUGUUCAACACGACUUUGCACGACGGACUUCACAAUGUUACCUUGACUAACCUUGGUAACACAACCUUCGACAUCGACUACUUGUAUUUUGAGGGAAACAGUGGAAAAACCAAUGAGCCUUUGCUCACUGCCACUUUCCAGGACAACGAUCCCUCCUUCACCUACUUCCCGGCUUCGUCGUGGAGACAGUCUCCAAGGCCAGGAACCUUCUCAGGGAGCACUGGAACUAUCACGAAUGAUCCAAAUGCUUCUCUUCAAUACAAAUUCAAAGGCGAUGUUAUCCUCCUUUACGGAACAGUCACACCCACCAGCGUGUCCUCGUAUCUUGUUUCCGUUGACAAUGGCCCCUUCUUCCCCUUCUCAGCGCGCAAAGCAUCUGUCAGACCCCAUCAGGUUCUUUACUACGCGUCUAACCUGGGACGUGGAACCCACACAUUGAAAUUGAAAUUCGCUGGAACCAAUGGCACAACUGGAGAUUUUGCAGUAGAUUUUGCCAACCUGUACUCCACUCCGUCCCUGGGUGCCCAUGAACAAAAUUCCUUCGCGGCCGAGAUCCAGUCACCACCUCUCAGUCUAGCUGAAGCCUCACACGAUAUACCAAAAUCUGUCAUCGCGGGUCUGACUGUUACAUCGUCCAUCGCGUUUCUGGCCAUCAUGGCCGUCAUCUAUCUCCUCUGGUCCCAACGGCGCCAGAAAAAGGAAGGCAAAUUUGUCAAGUUUUAG